AUGUGUGCUGUAAGAUUACGAAACCUUCAUGACAGAAGGACAGUGAAAGGAUUUAGUUCCCUUGGGGCCUGUUACUUUUUUUACCACUACGGACCACCUCAGACCGGCUUCUAUGGCUUUCCCAGUCCAGUCAUUCCCAUCCUGAAGGACGAGCGAGAGGGACCUGAUGCGUCUGGAGUGUACAGCUUCGAGUUCGAGACCGGCAAUGGCAUCAAGCGAGAGGAACAAGGUGCCCCUCGAGGACCAUCUGGCGCAGUGGCCAUGCAAGGAGGAUGCUUCACCUUCCCCGAUGGCUCUCCCGCCGACGUGACCUUCGUCGCCGACGACGCUGGUUUCCGCGUGGAGUCCGACCUGCUGCCCACGCCCCACCCCCUCCCGCCCACGCCAUCGCCCAAUUCGAGAAGGCUUUACUCCGCCCCUCGGACUAGCUAUGGAUACCCUUAA